UCCAAAAUUUCAGAGGUUUCUGUAACAAACCAUAUACCAUGAUUUCUGAACAUUGGGAACAUCUCUCAUAAUGGACUUGCAAGGGAAAAACAAGUUUUUCAGUAUUUUACGCAUGACCUCUGUGUUGUCCUUCUCAAAGCGCCACAAAAUCUUCGGUCGAGUGCACAUCUUCUUGUUCUUCUGCUGAUGCUACUCCGGUUUAUAGCUUAUUGUAAGCAUGUUGAGACUGCCCUUUUAUCUUACUAGGUAAUCCCAUCUUCAAGAGGUACAGCAACAGCUGGUUGAUUUUCAUAGAAAAUUAGACAAAGAUGUUUACUAAUGCUCCUUCCUUCAAGUUAUUUAUGGAGAGUUCAUAAGAAGUGAAGAUACAGAUACUAAACUGAAUACAAAACAAUGGCAAACAAUGAGCUAAGGAUCCCACUGGCACGAACCACUGGAUCAUCAAGUUUCAUUAAUGCUUGCUUCAAUGGCAUAAAUACAUUCCUUGGAAUGAGUUAUCUAACAGUCCCUUAUGCCCUCUCAACUGGAGGUUGGUUGAGUUUGAUGCUGUUUUCCUUAGUUGCAAUUAUGACCUUUUACACUGGAAUUUUACUAAAACGAUGCAUGGAAGCCGCUGAUCAUCCGUCUAUUACUAGCUACCUUGAUAUUGCAGGGCAUGCAUUUGGUACAAAAGGAAGAAUCACAGUCAUGAUCAUUAUGAAUUUGGAAAUAUAUCUUGUUGCUGUCGGGCUUUUGAUACAGGAGGUUGACAGCUUGCGUAAGCUAUUUCCAGAAUUCAUGAUCAACCUUGGGGAAUUAACAGUAGAUGGAAGACAGUCAUUUGCUAUAAUCACAUUCCUAAUAAUCUUGCCAACAAUAUUUUUAACCGACUUGAGCAUUCUCUCCUAUAUCUCUGCCACUGGAUUUUAUUCAUGCCUUGUCAUCCUUGUCUCCAUUUUUUGUGUCGGUGCAUUCAAUGGUGUUGGCUUUCAUGCGAAGGGAUCGAUACUGUUAAAUGUGGACCGCCUACCUAUUACAGUUAGCUUGUAUAUUGUUUCCUUUGGUGGACAUCCAGUCAUCCCUCCAAUAUAUGUAUCAAUGCGAGACCGCUACCAGUUCAGUAAGGUCUUACUAUUCAGUUUUGUUCUUGCAACACUCACCUACAUGUCAAUGGCCAUAGUAGGAUAUCUAAUGUAUGGAGACAGGGUUGAAUCAGAAAUAACUUUGAAUCUACCAACAAGUAAAGUUAGUGCAAGAAUCACAAUUUAUACGACUUUAGUUAUUCCAAUCGCCAGAUAUGCAUUGGUAUUAACCCCAAUUGCAACUGCCAUUGAAGGCGGGAUUUCAGAAAAUUACAAGAAUAAGAGAGCUGUUAGAUUAUUUAUAAGAGUAGCAUUGCUGUUUAGCACAGCUAUUGUGGCAUAUUAUUUUCCCUAUUACGAGUCCCUGAUGGCAAUUGUUGGAUCAAUUUUUGUCGUUUCGGGUUCUUUUCUGCUCCCAUGCUUGUGUUACUUGAAGAUUUCUGAUCUCAAUUGGGGUUGGAACUGUGAGCAGAUAGGCAUUGGGGGGAUAAUUCUAUUUGGAACAUUUGCUGGGGUUUUAGGGACUUAUUCAUCUAUUUCUGAACUUGUAAGAUAAUGCUUGAUCAGUGCUUGAAGACACUCUAAUUCGCGAACUAGAGUACUUGAUAUAUGCAUAUUGUCCUUUCAUCA